GACCUCGUGUACACCAACCCAGGCCGUCCAGCCACAGCAGCCAGCAACUUCUCCUGCUUGGUCUAUGACGCGGAUGUCAUGAACUGCUCCUGGAGCAGAGGCGGGGCCGCCCCCUGGGAUGUCCAGUACCACCUGUACCUGCGGCACUCCAGGCAAGGGGUGAACACAGAACAGGAAUGCCCUAGCUACCUGGCCAGGGCAGGCACGCAUCUGGGCUGCCUCCUGCGGGGCCUGUCCGGCUUCCCCUUCUACACCUACUUCCUCGUGAACGGCAGCAGCCGGCUGGAGGCCGUCCAGUUCUUCGACACCAUUCUCUCCAUGAAGACCAUGGAACGGUUCAGCCCGCCAGCCAACACCUCGGUCCACUGCAACGCCUCCCACUGCCUCAUCCGCUGGACACAGCCCAGGACGCUGCAGCGACUGUCCCACCUGGAGUUCCAGUACCAGCUGGACAUCCACAGAGAGAACCUGGAACCUACCGGCUCCGAAUUUUGGAUUGAGGUCCCUGGUGCCAUGCAGAAUAUGUACACGUUCCCCUGCCCGGAGCCCAGAGCCAGGCACGCCGUGAGGGUCCGGGCCACGGACUCCAGGCUCCUGCACUGGAGUGCCUGGAGCCGGCCCGUCCACUUUGGCUCCGAUCCUGAGACUGGCGGCCUCGUGCGUGUGUCCCUCCUAGUGGUCUUGGGGACCCUCGUGUGUGCCCUGUUGCUGGGUUUUGUGGUUAACAGGUAUUUCAGGACAUGUGGCCUCUUCUCUCGGAUCCCUCAGGUCAGAGAUAAAUGGAAUGACCAGCCAGGUGCGGAUCACCAGGUGGCCUGGGACAAGUUACCAACUGGUCCAGGAGAUGGCGAGAAUGAGCAGGUGUUAACAGUGGAGGAAGUGAACCAGGACUCCGACCAGUGUCUGUGACCCAGCUGGUACCUGCCCUCUGGAAAGUCCUGUGGACAUUGGGGUCAUCUGCACUAUUUCUGUUGGGGUUUUUUUUUAUCAUUAUUAUUAUUAUUUCACAUAAAAGUGGACUUCUUAUUGA